UCUCUCUCUCCCUCUCCCUCUCUCGCCUCCCCCCUUACCCGCUCACCUGGCCUCUCUUUCUCCUGGCUCCCGUUGCAACGCCACAACCAGAGGAUGAGCUCCCGGGGACCGCCCCAUCGGCAGGGGCAGCCACGCGAGUGGCACCAGACGGGCCCGGCUCGGGGGCGCGCGCACCAUCCGGCCGGCACCGGGCCCCGGGUCGGGGAGGCUGGCGAUGCCGGCUCCGGCGGCCGGGCCGGCUUUUUCUUCCCCUCGGAGGCCACAUCCGAAGACCGGGCCUACCUGCAGGCCAUCGAGGCAGCCGGCGCCGGGCACCGCCCCGGCGGGGGCAAGGCCACGGUGCUGGUUCCAUCGCCGUCGGCGCAUGACACGGCACCCGGCUCGAUGCAAGGCGCAGCCGGGCCCGGGGCACUGGACUUCCACCUCCUUCGGGCGCAUCUGCCGCGCGUGUCGGCCGACUGGCCCGGGCCGAGCGACGGGGUCGCCGCCGGGCCGGUGGACAUCCUGAUUGACUGCGGCCAGUGCCGAUCCAUCGACCAGAUCGUCUCCCAGGCCAUCGGCAACAUGGACCGCAGCCGGGUUAUCUUCUUGGUGGCCGUGGGCCGGGCCAUCCCCAACUGCAUUUCGGCUGCCAGUCUGAUGCAAGCGCAGCGGCUUUGCACAAUCCGAGAUGUCGACACAUUCACCCUGGCAGGCUCGCAGCCGCCGGCCUCGUCAUCGACACCCGGGCCGCCGCCGCCGCCGCCGCCGCUGCUUGCCAACACCGACGCCUCGAGCGAGGGCGACGCCCCGACCGGCAGGCGCCGGCGCAAACCCCCCGCCACCGCCACCACCGGGAUCUAUGUGUGCCUGGAGUUUGGCUGA